AUGACUAGAUUGUACGUCAAGUUUAUUAUGUUAUUAGCAACAACAUCUUGGGGAGUGAUGGCAAUGAAUUGUGUAACACAGAAUAAAAAUAAAGUUAACGAAGCGGAACUAUUACAUAAGGAUGCCACUCGAAAACCUAAAGUGAAAUCUAGAAGUCGCUGUUGUCCUUACGACUUCGACCCCAAUGAUUGUAAAGUCGUCGGUGAGAGAUUGCUCUGCGGUUACAACAGAAACAUUGGUGGUUAUCCUAAUGAAAACUUUGCUAAGGAACUCGAAAAUGGUUGUCGUAUAAGAAACGGAAGAUUGGAAUGUGGAUACGUCGUUGGUCCGUUCACGAAUCCACGCCGACCACCGGUCGACGACGUUGUUAUUCCUGAGGAUGAUGACAAUGACCCGGCAACAACGCCUAUCCAAAAGGAUGCAGAUAAAAAUGCUAGUGGGGAAAUUGAAAGUAAAGAGCCGCUUAAGCAUUUUACAGCAGAAAAUUCUAAAACAGCUACAACUAGAUGUUUAGAGAUUCGAGAACGUAUCGUUUGCCGACAUCUA